CUUCAGAUUCUUCGGACUUUGAUACUUGUGCUGGCAGCACGUCAAAACUAUCUCACUUAUUUCCUAAUCGCUAACUAUGGCUGACCCAGAGGACGGCGAUGAUCUCUUCGCGGAUCUUUACGAUGCCGACGAAUCCACCACCCGCACCACCUCCGCUGUUGAGGCCCCAAAGCCUGCCGCGCAAGAGAAUCCCCCUCCUGCGCCCGCUCUGAACUCCGGGCUGGAUUUUGCGCCCGCCCCUGUCGAGACUCAAGAAUCGCAUAAUGCCGGCCAGCCCUCCGACUAUGACACGGGCUAUCACAAUGGUCAUGGAAACGCAUACGGCGCCCCUGUCCAUGCCCAACCACCCCCUGCGGAACCCGAGUCUCAGGGAACUGGAAUUAAAGAAGACGGGUAA